GAGCUAGGUCUCUGUCAGCUAAGCGUUAAUUAUUAUUGAUGGGGUGGUCUCCCGCUCGGAGAGUCUGACACAGUAGUAGAUAGCAUGCGGGAGUCGAUUCUCGUUAUGACUUCUUGUGCCUUCAAGAUACACAGAGCAAGCGGGUCCGGUCGAGCCUCUUUGUUUACGUGGCGGGACUCACCGGCCAGUUAGUCGCCACAGAUAUGGCGAAAUCCCGGCUCAAGAUCGACUUUCACUGCCACAUCUUACCAAGGAUCCUCCCCGAUAUGAAGGAAUACUCUGGGUAUGGCGGGGACUGGGUGCAGUUGAUACACCAAGAGGGGGAAGACAAGGCUAACAUGAUGUUGGACGGCAAGUUUUUCAGGGCAGUUGAAAAGAACUGCUGGUGUGUGGAGGAGAGAAUUCGAGAUAUGGACAGGACGGGAGUGAGUUUGCAGGUUCUCUCUACAGUACCAGUCAUGUUUGGAUACUGGGCCAGAGGGGAGGACACCCAUUACCUCUGUAGAUACAUCAACGAUGAUAUUGCCAAGUCUGUGGCCAAGUAUCCAACCAGAUUUGCUGGCCUUGGAACAUUACCCAUGCAGUCCCCAGACCUUGCUGUGCAGGAGCUGAGGCGAUGUGUGCAGGAGCUAGGUCUCCCAGGAGUAGAGAUUGGCUCUCACAUCAAUCGCUGGAACUGGGACCUUCCGCAGCCAGAGCCUGCUGAAGUAUGGGACCUUGAUGCCCCAGAGCUACAGUGUGUGUUUGCUGCAGCAGAGGAACUGGGGGCUGCAGUGUUUGUCCACCCGUGGGACAUGGACCAGAGCCCUCGCAUGAAGAAGUAUUGGAUGCCUUGGCUUGUUGGUAUGCCCAGUGAGACGGCAACCGCUGUCUGCUGCAUGACCAUGGGAGGUGUUCUGGAGAGGUUCCCUAAACUAAAAGUCUGCUUCGCUCAUGGAGGAGGGGCUUUCCCCUACACUCUGGGCAGGAUUGCUCAUGGACAUGCAGUGAGACCUGACCUUUGUGCUGUGGAGAACGCUACCAGUCCAAGGAAUUACAUUGGUCAAAUCUGGACUGAUUCACUUGUGCAUGAUGAAAAGGCUCUGAAGUACUUGCUGGAGGUUAUUGGAAAGAAGCGGGUCAUGUUAGGAAGUGACUACCCAUUUCCAUUAGGAGAGCACCAUCCUGGAAAGUUGAUUGAGUCUAUUGACGACAUGGAUGAUGAUACGAAGGAUCAACUGAUGGCAGGCAAUGCAUUGGAGUUUCUAGGUCUGGAUCCAGCCCAGUUCACUUAGCUGUCCACAAAAAUAACUCGCUACCCUCUCCAUUGGUGUGACUCCGAUGAAUACGCAAGCGCGCGUCAACAUUACGUAAUCAGAGCGCACGUGAUAUCGAUAAACAAUGGCGCAUAUCGAUCGGCUGCUCAGAUCAAUGCACUUGAAGAGACCGGGUCGCUCUUAGUCACUGUGCUACUGGGAACUAUAUACGCUAGCGACAUCACUGGAAAGGGGAAAACCCUGUGUGUUUGCCGGCGGGCCCGGGAUCGAGCUCAACCUACGCGGCCUGAAGUCUUGUCCCCCUGCAUCCGCCCCCUAGCCCAGGGACCCAACGUACAGCCGGGUGAGGAGCUCACGUUGUGGGGAACCAUUCUCCACGCCCGCACAGCGUUAGAGUCUGAAUAAGUGAGCCAAUCCUCAGUGAACGCCAGGGCCUCCCCUCCGUUGCUUUUGUAGUGCUCUAAAUAGAGAAGCUAGCGUUUGACUUGGAGAAUGUCUGAGGUAGUACAGAGAGUUGAAGAAAAAGGGAAGGAAGAGGAGGAAGAUAGUCAAACAACUACUGACUUACCAAGCCCUGGAAAUGAGGAAGUGGGAAAUACAGAGGUGGAAGGUGGGAGCAAAGUGAUAGUGGAGAAAGGGUCCAGUGAGGUUGUGCGGAGUGGAGAUGCAGUGGUGGAUUUCCCUCUCGACCAUUUGGCUCGACUCGAUGAGCAGCUAGGCCGACCCAAGUGGGUGGUCCCUGUUCGCCAUGACGAUGAUCUGGAGAGACUGCUUCGAGCGUCCAUCAAGCUCUGCAGAGAAGGUCGGGAUACAGAGGUAGAGGCAUGCCAGCGGUUUUUUAGGGAGGGACUGACUUUGUCUUUCACUCGAAUUCUCACUGACGAUGCAGUGUCUACCUGGAAACCAGACAUACAGAGGGACAUCUACAAUAACACAGUUCUGCUGGUCGAGCUGUGUGUUGCAAAACUUGACAAGGACUGGUUUGUUCUUCUGGAGCUGCUGGCUCUGGUGUUCAAUCCUCAGUCAAGGUGGCACAGCUACAAUGCCAAUGUCCCACCAGAAACAUGUGGCAAGGACCCAGAGAAGCUGUUUGCAAUGCCUCAAGAGGGCAGGCCGCACAGCCACUCCAAGAUUUUUGGCUGGCUGUUGGACAUGAUCAAUCUGUUUGGAGACUUGGGAGGCUUUCAGGUCCUUCACGACCGCAUAGUGAACGGAGAGAAUCUUACAGUGCCUCUCAUUGCUGCCUUGAUCAGACCCUUUGGCUACUGUGCUGAGUUUCUGCUGGAGUCAGUGUACCAGAAAUACCUCAUUCCCAUUGUGGACAAGGUCAUUGGUUUUCUCGAUGGACUGAGCAACGAUUCUCUCAAGAAAGAGGCAACUUCUGAGGCUAGAAGUGAAACCUUUUCCUCAAUAAUGAAGAGCCUGCGUCACUUGUGUCGCAGAAUGGAAGGCAGAGAAGACAUUGAAUCUUUUAGACUCAAAAUGAUCCUCAGGCUGCUGCAGAUUGCUUCCUUCAAUGGGAAGAUGAAUGCCCUCAAUGAGAUCAACAAGAUCAUUCCCACUGUGACCUACCACCCCAACUUUUCUCCUCCUGAUGAUGACCAGAUGCAGGCUGAGAAACUGGCCAACUGGGUGCGGGAGAACAAUGUCCUGGAGAUUGUGCUGAGAGACAAUCUACACCAGCCACAGUAUGUGGAGAAACUGGACAAGCUGGUCAGGUUCUGCAUCAAGGAGAAGGUGCUGAGUUUGCAGGACCUGGACCGGAUCUGGGCCUGUCAGGAUGGCAAGCAUGAGAUUAUUGUCAAGAACAUCCAUGACCUUCUGGUGAAGCUGGCGUGGGACUUCUCUCCUGAACAGUUGGACCACUUGUUCGGCUGUUUCCAGAGGAGUUGGGUAGGGGCCAGCAAGAAGCAGUGUGAGGAGCUGCUUGAGUUCAUCCGCCACCUGGCAGAGGAUGACAAGGAGGGAGUCAUGGCAGUCAAGGUGUUGGAUCUGCUGUGGAACUUGGCCCACAGAGAUGACUGCCCUCCCGAUACCAUGGACCAUGCUCUCAGUGCCCACAUCAAGAUCCUGGACUACUCCUGCUCUCAGGAAAGGGAGAGCCAGAAACUGCACUGGCUGCAGCGCUGUGUUGAGGAUCUGUCCAGUGAGAAGUGGGUCUUCUCUGCUCUGAAGCACAUGAAGGAAAUCUGCCUACUCUAUCUGGAGUCUCCAGUGAACUAUGUGCACAGUCACCACCGACAGAAUCAAUUCUACUACAGGAAUGAGAUCAUCUCUCACCUGGACACCAACUACCACCUCCUCUCCCACAUCUGUCAGAACCUGGAGCUCUACAUGAGGCAGGCCAGGGAUGCCAGCAAAGAGGAUGACAAUUGUGAGCCAGAAACUCUCUACGUGGACCAGAGGUUUAGUCACACACAGCAGCUGCUGGCUCGUCUAGAUUUCGUCAGGUUUGCUCUGAAAGAUGGGCAACUGUGGCUAGGCCACCAGCAGGCACUCAUGGUAUGGGAGAGUCUGGUAGAGAACCCAGCCUUUGCUUCUGACAGAGACACGUGUUUCAGAUGGUUUGCUAAGCUGGUGUCAGACGAGCCAGACAUUGAGCCUGAUACCGUGAAGAAGAUCUUUACUGAGAAGCUCCACCGAAUGCCUCCUCAGCACCUCACUGAAAAUGGAUUUAGAUGCUUUGACCGUUUCUUCCGAAUGGUGAACAUCAACGAGCGUCGUCUGUCUGCCUGGAGACGUGGUUUCAUCACAGAGAAUGUUGACCUGGUGGGACUGGACUACCUGUGGAAGGCUGUCCUGCUAGCUCCUGACUCCAUUGUCUACAAACCAAUUGAACUGCUCAAGGACGUCUAUACCAACCUCAGCAAUAAGCUUCAGCAAGAUCAGAUCCACCUGGACUUCAUUCAGACGUGCAUGCAGAGACUUCAGGUGGCCUAUGAUAACCUCCAACAGUUUCAGCCUGGCCAGAUUGAGAACGAGCCUGCUGACAUACAGUUUGGCUUUAAUACUGAAAUAACCAAGCUGGUGAGGUGUUUGUCACUGUUGAAAGAGUAUGUCAUAGAGUGUGACGAGGAGUACCAGGAUGAGAGAGGCAUUCCUGCUCAUGGAAAAGCGGCGUGGGGCCGAGCCUUUCUUCUGGUGGUGCGGUACUCCUCCCACCACCAGCAGCCAGCUGAGGACUUUGAACUGGCCUCCCACUCCAACGAGACCAUUGCAGCUGUCCGCAGACACAUCCUCCAGAGACUGAAGCUGUCCUACCAGAGUCGGCUGGAGCUCUCCGUGGGAAAUGAGGUCCUCAGAGUCACUGAUGAUCGCAGAACUGUGUCAGCAGUUCCUCUCAGAGACCGAGCAGUCCUGAAUGCCAAGCUACUAUUCAGCAAUGUCAGUGAGACUAGCAUGAACUCCUCGGACAACAGCACUGACAGCAGUGAGGGCUCUCCUCUCAACCACAUGGAGGGACCCAACAUUGAGACAGAGAAGAUGUUGCCUUCUGUGCUGAUAGCAACAGAGCAGAAGAACAUUGAUUUCUUCUUGUCUCUGUGUGACUUUGCCAUUCUCAGAGGCUUCCCUCAGCUGAGGGACUCAGUCAGGAACCUCCUCAAACUCCUGCCAACUGGUACCAGGAUGCUGGGGGAGAUGCUGGAUCACUGUCGAGACUGCUCCCAGAGAGACAGUGUGUCUGCCUUCAACUCCCUGCGAAGCUACUUUGUGGCUCCCACACCCAGCCCCAGUAGAACUCUCUAUCUGUUGGAGAUAUCACAUGCUAUGCUAAUGCCAUCAGUCGAUUUCAGAGACUCUGAGAGUGUUGAUUUCCAGGUCAACUUUGUGGUGUGUGGUGGUCUAAAACUUCUGCUGUCAUUCCUCACUGACAAGACGCUCUUGGCAGAUGCUGGCAAUGUCAUGAAACGAUCUGCAAUGAUGACAAUCAUGAAGAUGCUGAAACUGUUGCUUAUGGCGUCGGCCUAUGGCUGCAUUGUCCAUGUGGUUCAGGAUAUGAAGAACAAACAGGUUUCUGAUGAGAGACACAAGGCAGCCAUGGUCCUGCAGACUGCUCUGCAGAACAUCAUUCCAGUGAAUGAGCAGAAAUUGAGACACACUGCCUCAAUGCUGGCAAGGCAGUAUUGGGAGAAGCUGAUAUCCCCGCUACCUGAUGUGUCAGUGGUUCGGAGCAUCCAACUGUUGGCCUGGUCUGCUGCAUGCGGUGAUGUGUCCCUCUCUUCCGAGCCCACCUCUAUUCACAAUGCCUUCACCAUGCUUUCUUCCUCUCCCUCCUCUCGCGGUGUGGACACAGAGGACAUGCACCUGGCCAGGGACUCUUUGGAGGUCCUAAGUCUGAGUCUCGCCAUCUCCCCUCAUGUCCUUACCUCUCUCGAGACAUCUCAAGACUGGAAACACUUUGUCAUUGACACUCUUCUGCUCAUCAGAAACAGGCUCAUCAGGAUAACUGCUGCCGACCAACUCUUCUACAUAGUUACAAAGUGCAGUUUUAGCACCUCCAGCUUUAUCAGUUUUAUUUCUCUUCUCUUCUCUGGGGUGGAGUCGGUAGCAAAGGAUCAUGCUCCAACCUCUGGUGAAUUCUUCAGACUUCUAGCAAGGCUGCUGAACCACGCCCACCAGGCCAGCGUACAGAUUGCAGGGCUGGACAAGUUACUGGAAGAGGAGCUGAAAUGGCUACUCAAAGUCAGAGAGGACACACUUGCCAGCCCCACUCGCCAGUGCCCUGUGGAGGGACCUCUGUUGGACGGCCACCUUUCUCUGCUGGUGGAGCUCCUCACCUUCAGGAGUGUUGCCGAGAGACACCACAUUGGCAGCAAGUCUGGUGGAGAGAGACUCAUUGAGAUUGUGAUGUCUGACUUCCUGUUUCCAGCCUCCAGACUCGUGAAGGAGGCCAGGGAGAACCCUGACUCAGAGAAGCAGGAGCUGAGUGAGUAUGUUGCCCAGCCCAUCUGCUCCACCACUGAAUGUACCCAGUCUGCUUUCAAACUCCUCAACGCCCUCUGCGCUGGCUGCAGCGAGAACAUUGCUACCCUCCACCAACUCCUCUCGUCCUAUUUCUACUCUGGUCAGGACCCUCCUCUCUGUGAGUGGGAGUUCAUUCCACACAUUGGCCCCAGACCUCUCAAGGGGUUUGUGGGCCUCAAGAAUGCAGGUGCCACAUGCUACAUGAACUCUGUACUGCAGCAGGUACCACUGUAUAGAGCCAUUGUGUGUGUGGAUGAGUCCAGUCACUGUCUGUAGCUGUACACCAUUCCUCCGAUCCGCGUUGGGAUUCUGGCUGUGGAAGAAGCAGCGAAGGAGUUUGUGGUGUUGGAUGAGCAGGAGAGAGAGGGGGAGAAGAAGGAGAGGAAGCAGAGAGAGAGACUCAACAACAUUGAUGAUGUGGAGGAUGAGUCUGAGGGCCAAGCACUCCAGUCAGUCCCCAGCUCCUCCAGUGACGACCGCAAAGACACUCAGAAGAAGGUGCUCAUGCAGCUCCAGUCCAUCUUCUCCCACCUCCUGGAGGGCAGGCUGCAGUUCCAUACUCCACAGGGUUUCUGGAGAGAGUUCAGACUGUGGGGAGAUAGAGUCAACCUGCGUGAGCAACACGAUGCUUUUGAAUUCUUCAACUGCCUGGUGGACAAUCUCGAUGAGGGUCUCAAGACCUUUAGCUACAGUCCUGUGCUCUCGGAGGUUCUUGGAGGAGCAUUUGCUGACCAGAAGAUCUGCAGAGGUUGUCCCCACAGGUACUCCCGAGAGGAGUCGUUCACAGCUCUCAACAUUGACAUACGCAACCAGCAGCACUUGUUUGAGAGUCUGGAUGCCUUUGUUAAGGGAGACCUUCUCGAGGGAGCCAAUGCCUACCACUGCGAGAAGUGUGACAAGAAAGUGGACACUGUGAAGAGACUAUGCAUCAGCAGAUUGCCCAAAGUCUUGGUCAUUCAGUUGAAGAGGUUUGACUAUGACUGGGAGAGAGAGACUGCAGUCAAGUUCAAUGAUUAUUUUGAGUUUCCUCGAGAGUUGGACAUGUCUCCCUACACUGCAGCCACUCUGGCAAAGACUGAAGGGGAGGAGAUCCCCAGUCCUGAGGAGACAGAGCAGAAGAUUCCAGGAGACAAACCUGAGACCCCAGUCUCCACCCACUACCACCUCAGAGGUAUCGUUGUCCACAGCGGACAGGCCUCGGGAGGCCAUUACUACUCCUUCAUUAGAGUCAGACCUCAAGGCUCAGGCUCUCCCAAAUGGUUCAGAUUUGAUGACGGAGAAGUUGUGGAGGCAAAGAUAGACGACGAAGAGGAGUUUAAGGCCCAGUGUUUCGGAGGAGACUACACUGGAGAGGUGUAUGACCAUGUGCUCAAGAAAACACACUACCGCAGACAGAAGAGGUGGUGGAGUGCCUACCUUCUCUUCUACGACAGAGCUGACCAGUGCCCUGUCUUUGAUGGUGAUUGUUGCUCUUUCUCCCCUUCCACCUCACAUGUCUCUCUCUCUCUCUCUCACACUAACUCUCGCUCUCUCUCGUGUGCGCCGCACAGAGGCUCUCCAAAGCCCUACAGCCAUCCCUAAACCAAUGAAGUCGAUUGUACAUAAGCAGAACCUGGAGUUCCUUCACCACAAGUCUCACUAUAGCUUCCCCUACUUCCAAUUCAUGAAGAACUUUUUGAUUCUCAAUGGGAACCACAUCAAGGCUGUUCUUGAGCGAAACCCCCACAUGACGGUUGGUGUCGGCACACUUGUCCACAUGUGUGAGUGUUUUUUCUUCUCUCCCUACCUGUAGUUGGAAAUGGAGAAACUGGGUCUUCAGUGUGUUCAACUUGCAACUACGUUUCUGUUCCACUGUGGCAUACACACUAAAAAGACCCUCAGAGGACCAGCUGCUGAAUGGUACGAUGCUCUCCAGCCAUUCCUACUACUUGGCCCCACCAUCCGACUCUGGUUUGCUGAUAACGUCUUCCUCAAGAACAGAGACAGAUUUUCAGAGUAUCUUUUGGAGUGUCCUUCAGCUGAGGUGCGAAACAUGUUCUCAAAAAUGAUCACAUUCCUCUGUGUAGCCACCAACAAAGAUCCUCCCAUUGAGGUGUCUGUCACUACUAAUGCUGGAACAGAGAAAACCCGCCACCUGUUCAGUGAGAUUGCCCUCAACAGUCUACUGCAGCUGCUCAAGAAGCAAGUGGCAGAUAACUCGCGACAUCUCAACCAAUAUUUCCAGGUCUUCCUCAACUACGCCAACAGAGGAGUGGCCGAGCGCAAGCAGCUCCUCCAUCUCAGUGUGCCAUCUCUGUUCAUUGCCGUGGCCCUGGACGAGGGCCCUGGCCCUCCCCUCCGGUCUCCAUAUGCUGAUCUCUCUAAACUCUACGCUGUAGUUGGAAUACUGGUACGUAGCUGCGAUGUCACCAUGAUGCAGAAAUCAUUGUAUGAGGGCCAGGAGCCACUUCCUAAUGAAUUUGCUGAUCCUGAGCUCUCACAUCCACUUCCCAAUGACCUGCACAACUGGCUGUAUGAGAGAAUAAAUACUCAGCAAAACAUUACGUUCACUAAGAAGAUGAUAGAAGAUAACAGCACUAUGGACGAGACCAUACAGUUCCUCUGUUUUGUGUGCUGGGAGCAUUGGCAGUUCUCAAUGAUAGUUCUCAAUGAUCUGCUACUUGAGAUUGCAGCAGUACAAGUAUUUGAUAUGAGGCCAUUCCUUGACCUGCUCUCCCACUUGCUAAUGCUUCAAGACACUUGGCAAGGACACAGAAUAAGCACUGCCCUCAAAGGGUUCACCCACCAUGCUGAUGGUCUAAUCACCAUCAUUCAACAUGGCCAGACUCACUUCCACAAGAGAGCCUAUCUGUGCAUCAAGUUCCUAGUAGCCCUCUGUGGCAGGUGUCCUCUGCUGUACAAGGUUAUAUCAGAGGAUCUCUACAUCAAGACUCACUGGCAGUCAGCCAUCAGAUGGCUACACACUGAGAUGGAGAGACGACCGUAUGUGACUCCAGGAUAUAGCUACACUGGCUGGUCUCCUCCAGCACAGUCCAAUGAGGCCUCCAAUGGGUACUACUUGGAGAGGUCUAACAGUGCUAAACUUACUCUAAAGAGAGCAAAAGAGCUUUUUCCUAUGGAGGAGCCUCCUGAGGAACAUGUUGAAGAAGUAAUUCCACCAGGUGGAGACCCUGAUGCCGGCAUGCCUGCAGAAGAGGCGGAGAUACAUGGAAUAGAGAGACAUCCUGUGCCCCACACACAGCAGCCUCACUCUAACACUAGCACACAGUGUCCUCCGAGUGACUCAGUUCCCAACAAUGACCCUCCUACUACAGAGCAGCACCCACAACCAAUUCCUCCGUCUAAUGAACAGGGGACUACCACAGUUAAGCAUGGAGGUUCUUUAACAGACGGUGUUGAUAGAAUCCAUGAAGAAACUUUAGUAGGCAACAAAAAUGACACAUCACUACCUGAAUUUGUACCUGAUCCAGCUUAGCACUGCACUAAUAUUAUUAUUGUGCACCUUCAUAGACUUUCGUUAUUGUUCACUUAAAAACUGGUUGCACCAGUGACUAGUGUUUGGAGCAACGCUGGACUGGAAAUCGUCCUCUCAGU